AUGGCGGCACCUGAUGGGGCUUCCUCCUCCUCUUCCUCCUUCUCUGGAUCAUCCACCACUUAUGAUGUGUUUCUCAAUUUCAGGGGUGAAGAUACUCGAAAUAACUUCACUGGUUUUCUUCACAUGGCUCUGGAAAAAGAAGGAAUCCAUGUGUUUAUAGAUAGCGAAGACCUUUGGGGUGGAGAAGAGAUCCAACCUGCACUCAUUAGAGCAAUCCAAAGAUCCAAAAUCUCGAUUCCUAUCUUCUCUAAAGCCUAUGCGGAUAGCAAAUGGUGCCUUCGGGAACUAGUUGAGAUAGUUCAGUGCCAUAGAUCUGGCCAAAUAAUUCUGCCUAUAUUCUUGGAUGUGGACCCCACAGAUGUUCGCCAUCAGACUGGAACUUUUGAACGUUCGUUCCAGAAACAUGGAGGGAAGUUUGAUGCCGAAAUAGAGGAUUGGAAGAAAGCUUUGACUGUGGUAGCAGGAAUAACAGGAUACGAACCCAAGCAAGUAAAUGGGAAUCAAUCAAAGCUAGUCCUCUUAGUUGUUGAUAGAGCUUUGAAGGCUUUGAAGACUUUGAGUAAAUCAAGUCAUUUGGGUGUCAUUGAAAACCCUAUCGGAUUGAAGGAUCGUGUAGAAGAUCUAUUAUCGAAAUUGAAUGUCGGUUCCAAUGAUGUUCGAUUAGUGGGAAUCUGUGGUAUAGGUGGCAUUGGGAAGACCACUAUUGCAAAGGCUCUCUAUCAUCACAUUUUUAAUAAAUUUCAUAGUUUUUGCUUUCUUGCAAAUAUCAAAGAAGCAGCAUCAGGACCAAAUGGUCUAGUUUCUUUGCAAGAACAACUUAUUUGUAGUGUCUCCAAAAAGAGAGUUGAUCGCAAGAUAUGGAAUGUUCAUAGUGGACAAGAAAUGAUAAAAGAACUUCAUGGAGAAAAUAUUCUUCUUAUUCUUGAUGAUGUGGAUGAUCAUUCCCAACUUAAGGCUUUUGCUAUUGAAUUCAAUUGGUUUGGUCCAGGGAGUAGGAUUAUCAUAACAAGUAGAGAUGAACAUAUUCUAAAUGUGGCUAAAGUUGAUGGAGAUAAUAUAUACCGGCCUAAUGAAUUGGAUGAUGAGGAAUCUCUUCAACUCUUCAGUUUGCAUGCAUUUUCAAUGAGACAACCUCCUGAUGAUUAUAAACAGCUUUCCCAUGACGUGAUACAAUUGGCGAGAGGAUUGCCAUUGACUCUGGAAGUGUUGGGUUCUUCUCUCAUUUGUGAAAAAGACAAAAAAGUAUGGGAAAGUAUGAUAAAAAAAUUAAAAAUAAUUCCUAAUGCAGAGGUCCACAAAAAGUUAAAGAUAAGCUACGACAGUCUAGAAGAAGAAGAGAAAUCAAUAUUUCUUGAUGCUGCAUGUUUUUUUGUUGGGUGGAGGAAAGAAAUUGUAAUUUCAAUAUGGGAUGCUUGUGGCUUUGACCCAAUACCAGCAAUAAAAAAACUCACUCAAAGGUCCCUCCUAAUAUUUACCGAAAGAGUAUCUUAUGUGCCUACAGGAACCAUAAGUGAUUCCUAUGAUAAGUUAAAGAUGCAUGAUCAAAUUCAGGCUAUGGGAAGGCGCAUUGUUUUGGAGGAAAGCAUUAGGGAGCCCAGUGAGCGCAGUAGGUUAUGGUCUCGUGAAGAAAUCUUGGAAGUACUAGAAGAGCACAAGGGAACACAAAAUAUUGAGGGCAUCCUUCCACCCUCUUAUGAGUUGUUUUCGAGCGUAUGCCUACAUAAGGAAGACUUUGUAAUGAUGUCCAAGCUAAGAUUCCUCUAUCUUGAUGGAGCACGGUCGAAAGGACAGUUCCCACAUCUUCCUUCUAGUUUAAGAUGGCUAAGUUGGGGGAGAUGUCCUCUAGAAUAUGUACAAGCCAAUUUUUACCACAAGAAACUAGUUCAUAUGGACCUAUCAAGGAGCCUGAUUAGGCAGGCUUGGACAGACAAGCCUCGUAAUGCAAAUGAGCGGUUCCAAAAUUUGAAAGUUCUUUGUCUUCGGGAGUGUGUUCAUCUAUCUAAAUCCCCUGAUUUUUCAUGGUUUCCUAACUUAGAGAUAUUGGAUCUCGGAGAUUGCUAUGGAAUGCUCUCCGUUCAUGCUCAUUACUCAAAAACUUUUGGUGAUCUAAAAUCUCUAGUUGAGCUUCACUUGGAUGGGACAAAAAUUAAAGAACUCCCAAACAAUAUCUGUAGGCUGAAGUCUCUCAAAUGUCUAAUUCUCCGUUCGUGCUCAUCACUUGAAAUCCUGCCUGAGUCAAUUGGUGAUCUAAAAUCUCUGGUCGAGCUUCACUUGGAUGGGACAAAAAUUGAAGAACUCUCAAAUAAUAUUAGCAAGAUGAGUUCUCUCAAACGCCUAACUCUCACUUGGUGCUCAUCAUUGAAAAACUUGCCUGAGUCGAUUGGUGAUCUAAAAUCUCUAGUUGAGCUUCAUUUGGAUGGGACAAAAAUUGAAGAACUGCCAAAUAGUAUUUGCAGGAUGAGUUCUCUCAAAUAUCUAAUUCUCAGUUCGUGUUCAUCACUAAAAUACUUGCCUGAGUCAAUUGGUGAGCUAAAAUCUCUAGUUCAGCUUGACUUAAAAGGAACACAAAUUAGAGAAAUUCCAAGCAGUAUUUGCAGGCUGAAUUCUCUCAAAGAUCUAAACCUUAGUUCUUGCACAUCAUUGGAAAAUUUGCCCGAGUCAAUUGGUGAUCUAAAAUCUCUGGUUGAGCUUUCCUUGGAUAGGACAAAUAUUGAAGAACUCCCUAGCAGUAUUUGUAGGCUAAGUUUUCUUGAAAGGCUUAAUCUUGAUAUGUGUGAGUCACUAAACAAGUUGCCUGAGACCAUUGGUGAUUUACAAUCUCUGGUUGAGCUUUCCUUGGAUAGGACAAAAGUUAAAGAACUUCCAAACAGUACUUGCAGGUUGAGUUCUCUCAAGAGGCUUAAUCUCUAUGGGUGUGAGUCACUAAACAAGUUACCAAAUUCCAUUGGUGAUUUAAAAUCUUUGAUUGAGCUUUCCUUGGGUGGGACAAAAGUUGGAGAACUUCCAAAUAGUAUUUGUAUGCUGAGUUCUCUCCAAAGGCUUGAUCUUUUCAAGUGUGGAUCACUAAAAAAGUUGCCUAAGUCCAUUGGUGAUCUAAACUCUUUGGUUGACCUUUGCUUGGAUCGGACAAAAAUUAAAAAGCUGCCUAAUGAACUUGGGUUGUUAGAGAAGCUUGAGGUAUUAAGUGCCAUGGAUUGCAAUAACCUAGUCCAGCUACCAGUAUCCAUGGGGAGAAUGAGGUGUUUGCGUAUCAUUAACUUUAAAGGAACCAAUGUUUUACUUCCAAGGGAUGAUUCUAUAAUACUUCCAAGUUUAGUGGAGUUAAAAAUAGGAAGCAAGCUUGAAUCUUCUCUCCCACCCUGGAUUAGUGGUCUUCCACGACUUCAAAAGCUACAAUUGCUCGGAUGCCCAAGGCUUCAGUCACUCCCACUUCUUCCUUCUACUUUAGCCUUCUUAAAAGUUGUGGAUUGCAUGUCAUUAUUGAAGCUUCCAGAUUUGUCAAACCUUAAAAAUUUGAAGAAAUUAAGACUCUGUUAUUGCGAAAAGUUAGAGGAGAUUCAAGGCCUUGAGGGAACAGAAUCCUUGGAAGAUUUGUACCUGGAAGGCUGCAACAUUGUAACAGGUGCUCCAGGGAAGAAGCUCGGCCAGGGUACACUUUUGGUCGAUGCGUUACAGACAAGUCAUGAUUCCUUGAAUAUUAAAGAUAUGAUAUAUAAAUGGUUAGUUUUGUGCAUUGUUUUUGCAUUCAGGAAGGAAAAAAAGGUACAAGGGAAUCUGCAAGAGGGUGAACUAGUAACCAUUCGGUUACUUCUUGAAGCUUCAAUCCGUCAAAAAGACAGAAGGAUCCUGUGUGUUGUUGGCAUGCCAAUUGAGGACGUUCAAUUUACCACAGAGAGAGAUAUAAGUUGUAUUCACCACUUCAAAGGGUUUGACUGGUUUGGGCUUCCACUGGUAGGAAAAGAUGCCAUUGAGAUAACAUGUUCAGAGGUUCAGUUGAUACCCAUUGCCUAUGAAAACAAAUAUGUGGUCGAAGGUGAAGUGAAAUUCUGCAAACUCUUGUUUGAAAGGACAGAACCUGAGGAGCAAAUGCCUAUCCUAGAAGCAAGUGCUAGUAUGGUUGCUGGUUUCUUCAGUUGGUCAACUUCAUAUGUUAGAAGACCCCACUUUGCCCUCCAUGAACAAGCUGAGAGCAGUAAAGUAUCAAACUCUAUCCCUAAACAAGCUGAGGGAAGUUCUCAUCAGCAUAGACUCACCCAAGCAAUGGGCUUGCUUGGUGAGUCGAGGGCUAGUAAGAGGGCAUUUCUUGACAUGGAUGAAGCAGCAGGUGGUCCAUCUGAGAGCAGUAAAGGAUCAAACUCUGUCCCUAAACAUGUUGAGGCUUCCUUCAACCGCUCCUUGAUCUCAAUGACGGAUGAGUCAGGUGGUCCGAGUGUAGAUCAGGUUUUCGUACAAGAACCAUUCUCGUACGGUCUAAUUCACACAGAUGGAAUCUACAACAGUGUUUUUCCUUGGGUGGAUUCCAUCGGUGUGGAUCAGUCCCUUAUGAGAACCUUUAUCGUACGCGGACCUGAUCCGCUCUCAGGUGGUCCAUCUGAGAGCAGAAAUAAAAUGAUAGAUUUGAACUAUGAUUUGGAGUUGCGAGUAGGCCUGCCCGGCCAGGGUCAAUCUGGUGGGGUAACGGAAGUUCCCCAAUUUAGUCCAGCAUUAGGCUUGUCUACAGGAAUGUUGAAGGCUAGUAAGAGGGCACCGCUUGAUAUGGAUGUCACAGGUGGUCCAUCCGAGGGAAAUAAUGAAAUGAUAGAUUUGCACUCUGAUUUGGAUUUGCGAUUAGGGAUUCCCGCUCAAGGUCAAGCAGUACGGGUAGGUGAAGAUCCCAAACUUAGUCAAGAAUUGGGCUUGCCGGUGGAAAUGUUGAGGACUUAUGAGGGAGCACGUCUUGACGUGGAUGAGGAUGAAGGUGAGGCAGAAGAUGAUUAUAGCCACAUUUAAGUGCCAAAACCAAGCAGGUUUGUAUACUCUAAUUGCAUUCUAAAUUCUAAUCUAACUAAUUUACUUCUACCCAAGAAAUUUGAGAAAUCUAACCAUGUGUAAAUUUAUUGAAGGUAUCAGUGUGAUUGAUCAACAGCUGAAAAAGUUUUGGAUUGCCACUCUUGUUUUCAUUCUUUACCAGAUUUGGUUGGAAAGGAAUAGUAGAAGAUUUGAUAAAAUCAGCAGGAAUUCGAGUUUGGUAGUUAAGUCUAUUCUCAACAAUCAUUAUGAUUAUUCUAAUUUAGCUGCUGUUCCGGUAAAAUCAAUUAAGGAUUUGCAAAUCUCUUGUGCUUAAUUUUGGUCUUGUUCGAUCAGGUAUGCCUUCUCCAAAAAUCACUGAAGUUGUUGGGUGUGUGCAGAGGUUGGUUGAUACAAGACAAAUAUUGAUGGUUGUUCACUGGGGAAUUGUGGGCAUUUUGGAGUUGGGGGAAUUUUUCGUGAUCACUCUGGCUCCCCUAUGCCCUGCUUUUGCAAGUAUGAAGGAAUUUGUUUCAAUUAUUGGGCAGAAUUCACAACUUUCUUUGAAGUGAUAAGGAUAUCCAUGCAUUUGUAUCUUGAUUAGAUUUGGGUAGAAUGUGACUCUUAAUCAGUGGUGUGGUGCAUUAAUAAUGAAGUCAUCCUCUGGUUUUUUCUUCAUAAAUGGCGGCUCUAUAAAGCUUGGACAGGAUCACGUGGAAUAUUGCUCAUUGCUUUCGCAAAGUUAAUAUGGUGGCGGAUAUGUUGGCUAAGCAUGCAGCAGCUGCUCGAGUUUUAGAUAGUUGGGAGGCUCCACCCAGGUUCUCUUUGGUAGACAUUAGUUGGGAUGCUAUUUGGAAGCCUUGAUUCCGUUUUAUGAUUUAUCCAUCUAUUGAUGGCAAUGCCAAAGGUGGAUAGAUGGAUUAUUUUUGUUAUCCUUUUUAGUUUGGUCUUUGGGCGUUUCUUGUAUUCAUUCACUCUUUCGUAAUUUAACA